GAGGGAGAGUGAGAAAUGCAGAGGCAGCACAGACAUUGCUACAACGGCUUCUAAUCACUACAGUCCCAGCCACCGAGCGAGGGAGACACAGGCAAGCCAGACUAACCAGGGCAAGCACUAGCCUCGCACGAGUCUUUGUGACACCGGGGUACACAACACACACAAGGACAGACACAGGAGAUUUAACAAGGGCUUUAAACAUGGGAGGAAAGCUGAGCAAGAAGAAGAAGGGAUACAAUGUAAAUGAUGACAAAUCAAAAGACAAGGACAAAAAGGCAGAUGAAGCUAAUACAGAAGAAGAGGGGGCAACUAAAACCAAUGAGGAGUCCCAGUCUGUUGUAGAAAAUGCAGAUGCAAAGGAAAAUAAGGAUGAGAAGAAUGAUAAGGAUUCCCAGGUGGCAGAGAACAAAACUGAGGUCAAGGAAGGAGAUAAAGAUGCAGCUAAAAAGGAGGCUGUACAAAAAACAGAAUCUGAGAAGACGGAGGCUUCUUCUGAAGCCAAAGCAGAACCUCAGAGUGCGGAACCCCCUGCAUCGAAGCAAGAGGAACCAGCAGCUGCAACUCCUGCUGCGCCUGCAAGUAGCGAAGCCACUAAAGUCUCUGAGCCUACUACUGAGGCAAAGGUUUCCCAGCCUUCAGAAGCACCAGCACCAAGUAAAGUAGAGGAGAAGAGCAAGGAGGAUGGGGAAGCCAAAAAGACUGAGGCUCCCUCCGCUCCAGAGGCCAAAACUGAGUCUGCUCCAGCUGCAGACUCCAAACCUAGCAGCGAACCUGCUCCAUCUUCCGUGAAGUCUCCAGAACCUGAAGCACCUAGUUCUUCUACUAAGGCCUCCGAGCCUGCAGGACCAGCUGAUGAAGUUAACGCUACUGAAACCCCAGCAGCUAAUUCUGAUCAAACCGUAGCAGUUCAAGAGUAAGAUGGACAGCCUGUUUGAAAUAACCACUUAAAACAACCUUCAGUUAUGUUUUUUUUCUUUGUUUUUGAUUAUUUUUUCAGAUAUACUAACAAACUUGAUUUAGAUUUGAAUAAAAUACAUGUAAUGCCCAGAAACAAUAUAAAAAUCCAAAUAGUAUUUUUGUGGGGGACGAAAAUGUACAAAAUAAACCUUCCACCAACUCUGUCAAUUAAGUAAAUUAAAGAAAGAAAAGUUUAGCUAUAUAGAUGUUUUUGAGCAUUUUUUUGUACAUCUGAGCAGCUACAAAAUGGAAGGUCAACGUACGGUGAUACCUUUUUUUUGUUUUCCCUCCUGCAAUGCGAUUGCAGAAGAGAUUUUCUCUGAAUUUGCCCGUAGGGCUUGUGCCAAGGCAAUCAAAUCUUCUUUUUUUUCAGAGAUUUAUAUAUUUUUUUUUUCUUUCAUUUGCAGUCAACAUUUCUUUUUAAAUGCAGUGAAUAAUGGCCAAACUUUUACAACAAGAUCCCACUUUAGCUGUCUUUUUCCUCUCCAGAUAUUUUGGGAGUAACAACAUCCUCAUCCUACUUAGUCUACCUAGAUUUCUCAUGAUGAAAUAAUGCAUGUCUGUGGUUGGGUGCACCUGUAGUUCUGUUUAUUGGUCAGUGGAAAUAAUAAUAAUAAUAAAGUCUGCGUUGAUUUGCAGUUCCAGUUUUUCUUCCAUUCUAUGUCACGGACACCAACACAACUCAUUGAAAAGCAAGUAACUAAUAAAAAUAAAUAAAAAAAGCAAAACAGGAACAAAAGGAAAAAAAAAACAAAAAAAAUUACGGAAGAUGUAAAAUGGAUGCAUUGAAAAUAUAUGUAAUUGUAUAAAUGGUGCAACAGUAAUAAAAGUAAAAUAAUUAAGAAACAAA